GCAGAAAUACCCUCAAACAAGCGCAUCUAGGGUUUUUGAGACUUCAUUUUUCACUAGGCUAUCCACUAAGCCGCCGCAGAGAAGAAAAAAUAAGCUCGUCUCUCCACAUUCGAAACCCUAGCCAUGUCGCUGGUAGCAAAUGAAGAGUUUCAACACAUUCUUCGUGUUCUGAACACAAACGUCGAUGGGAAACAGAAUAUUAUGUUUGCCCUAACCUCCAUCAAAGGUAUCGGUCGCCGUUUCGCUAACAUCGUCUGCAAGAAAGCCGACGUUGAUAUGACCAAGAGAGCUGGUGAGCUUUCAGCAGACGAGCUUGACAAGCUUAUGGUGAUUGUGGCUAAUCCUCGUCAAUUCAAGAUUCCGGAUUGGUUUCUUAACAGGCAGAAGGAUUACAAGGACGGAAAAUACUCUCAAGUUGUGUCCAAUGCUUUGGAUAUGAAGCUUAGGGACGAUCUUGAGCGCCUGAAGAAGAUCAGAAAUCACCGUGGUCUUCGUCACUACUGGGGUCUCAGGGUGCGUGGACAGCACACCAAGACUACUGGCCGCAGAGGAAAGACUGUUGGUGUCUCCAAGAAGCGAUAAACUGGUUCUUCUUGUUAUUGUAUGCUCUGGUUUCCUGGAUUUUUUGAUGCUAAAAAAUUUAUUUUCUAAGUUUCAGGAUGAACUUAUAAUCUCUUAGAAUUUUUGUUUCGUGAAGUUGGCUUUUUUGAAUUGAGGAUAUUACUUGUUACAUUUACUUAGUUGGAUGCACUCAAAUCUUAUCUUUCAGUUUUGAAGUA